AUGCAUGCUAUUCCUACGACGGUCUACUCGCCAGUUUUCUCGUCUCGUAUGGGUUUCCUUCUAAGCUUCUGUUUCCAAACUUCACUCUUAUUCACACCCAACACUUGUUUCACAUCGAAAAUGAUCUAUCCAGGUCGCAUCCUUGCAGGAGAAGCUCCGGGUUCUGAUCAGCAUUUAAUCUGCUAUCAUACCACUCCUGUUACAGAUGAUUGCGGAGAAGAUACCUUCUCAAUGCGAGCAGAGUACGGCGAAAGGUUGGCAACAGCUCUUCUCAUUAUCUACGUUAUUGGCAAAGUAUUCGCUGACAACGGUGAUGUAGGCAUUUCCAUAAUUGCUCCUCCCUACGGUUCCCAGUUAGGCUUUUCAGCUCACACGACAAAUUUGGCAAUAGCGAUAGCCGGAGCUGUGGACCUCUUCUCUCGUCUCUUUUUUGGUUGGUUAACUGACCGACCGUUCUGCAAAGGACGUAGAGGAAAUUUUUUGGCGUGUACUUGGCUGGUGGAAGCCACUGCCGCGCUCGCUUUUGGAGAAAUUGCUGGAGUCGGGUGGGAGCUAAAGCCGAUCUCUAUGAACCAGAAGAGACGACUAGCCGGCCCUCCAACCAAUUUUCAAAUGGCAGCCUAUUUUACUUGCUUUGCCCUUCAAGGAGUUUGCAGUGGUACCGCCAUGACUCAGAUGAUUAUUGUACUCUCAGACUGGGUUGGCCCUGAACGAAUGGCUAAAUCCCUAGCUAUUAUGAUGGUUAACCUCGGUCUUCUCUACGUGCCUGCUCAAGCUAUUCUCGGCUACCUCAGUGAUAUCUUAGGUUCAUAUGUGUGGUCAAUGAGACUAUGCAGUCUUUGGCUGCUUAUCGGUGGUCUAGUCUUCCUUCUAGAAGCUCCUAUUCGUCGAUUUGUGCGUACGCGGCACACUAUCCACCUAAAUCGCCGUAAAUUCGCUGCACGAAGUAGCCCAACCGACGAAAGCUCUUUUCAACGCAUUCGGUCGCCAUGGUGUCAGCAUACCGAAGACAGCGUUGUCAUAGAAGAGGGACCGGUAACACCUCCAUCGCAUCCCUUAAUGGCAGAGGCGGGGCUUUCUGACUCUACUAUCCCCUUUAUCGGCUCACAAUCAGGGGACGAUAUCUCCCCAUCUCGUGUCUAA